CUACCUGUUUUUAUGCCGCGUUUACCGCUUAAAUGCGUCGUUGAACAACCCGAGUUUGGCGUCAGCGUUGUGCCAGACUGAACGGACAGACACACGCCACCUUGUUCGAGGAGAAUGGGACGAGCGGCUCGGUCGAAUUAAACACCCUCAUCUCCGCCAGGUUGCCAUUGUCCGGUAAACAAAGUGGCUAGCUAGCGCCGUUAGCAUCAGCUGUGGAGUCAGCUGGGGCGGACUGGACCUUGCUCACCGUGACAAGAAAGAAGCCUGAGAGCACAGUGUGAGAAGAGGUGGAUCUCCCCUUUAAGUGUGGUGUGUGUGUGUCUGCUGGAUUGGACACACUGUGGGUGGGUGUUUGUAUGGAUGCGUUUGACUGCGUGAAGAUUUAAGGGACCCUGGCCUGAUGGAGAAGAGAGACAGGAAGCCGGGAUACUUUGCAAGGCUGAAGAGGCGGAGGCAGCUCAAGCAAAGCCAAUCAGAGAAGAGCGUGAACGAGCAGAACCCGGCAAUCAUCUCUUGCCCGGACAUCCCAAAUGACAGCGACCCCAACAAGAAGACGGAUCUACAGAGAACAACGGGAAAGCCACCUGCAGGCUCAGACGAUGGCUGUAAAGGUAAAAAUCAGGCUAAGAGGGAGAAGAGAAGGCCACCAGGGACAGUGGAGUUCACUGUGGGGUCGAAAGACUCCCUCAACAGCAUCGCACUCAAGUUCAACAUCACCCCAAACAAACUGGUCCAGCUGAACAAGCUCUUCUCCCGCAGCGUCUACCCCGGUCAGAGGCUGUUUGUCCCUGACAUGAACCAGACAGAGGCUGACCUAAAGUCUCCGAGUUGCUCCGAUCCCUCGUUCACAAAUGGCUCAUCAGAGAACGCAUCACAUGACGGUGUUUCAAACUGCACGUCAUCAACGUCCCUCCGGCGUGAGGUCUCCCCAAACUCGGAGGACGAGAGCCCCGCAACAGUUAAAUUCAUCAAGAUGAGCUGCAAAUACUUCACUGAUGGCAUGGGCGUGGUGGGAGGCGUGCUGAUUGUGACGCCCAACAACAUCAUGUUCGACCCCCACAAGUCAGACCCCCUGGUGAUCGAGCACGGCUGCGAGGAGUACGGCCUGAUCUGUCCCAUGGAGGAGGUCGUCUCCGUGGCGCUGUACGAUGACGUGUCGCGCAUGAAGCUCAAAGAUGCUCUGCCGUCAGACCUACCCCAGGAUUUGUGUCCUGUGUACAGGCCCGGCGAGUGGGAGCAACUGCCGUCAGAGCGGGAUCUGAACCCCUUCAGCCGCUACGAGGCACUCGAUCAGAAGAGAACGAUCGUCUUGGACGACAUUGAAUCAACCCUCUCAGAAACUGCGAGCACAGAAGGCGAGCAGACAGAGAAAUCUCCAUCAGAUGAAGGAUUCACAGAUUUGGAGCCAACUCUCAACGGGAGCACUGAAGAGGCGGAGGGGAUGUCCUCCAAGACGGCCAGCGUUGUCAGCAGGGACCAGCCAGAUCUAGGACCAAGCUGCCCAGGCUGGGGAGUCCUCCAGGACAAGUCGAUGCUCGGUCAAACUAAAGGGAAGCUGGAUGAAGACGAGGAUGAGGGCGUGGCCCAGAACAGCUCCAUUGAGGAUGGAGAGUCAAUACAAUCCUCUUCAGAGACUGAAAAACAGGGUAACAAACCUAUGAGCCAGAAGGUAACUGAAACCAAAGAUAUAAAACCUAAAGGGACCGAAGAGCUGCUAAAUGGCGCACAUGACAGUGCGCCAGAGGACCAAAACAGGAAGUUGAGUCUGAAGGAGGCUCCGGAGGUUUGUGGGGACUCUAGUCUGAAGAGACAAGGACCAGACAGACCAGCAGGUGGAGCUGAAAUCAGUGAGGAGGAGAGACGGAAGAAAAGCUACGAGGCAGAAGUGAAGUCAUGGCUGCUGGAGAGGAUGCAGGCUCCAAUAGAAGACAUGCUUUUGUCGUCAGAGGAGAAGAGUAAAAACCCUCCGAUGUUCCUGUGCUUCAAAGUGGGGAAACCAAUGAGAAAGUCUUUUGUCUCUGGGAUGUCCUCCAGCCCCGCCCACUCAUUCGGGGGCCGGGGCAAACAGCCAGAGUACUGGUUUGCUGUCCCACAAGAAAGGGUCGACCAUCUGUACGCGUUCUUCGUCCAGUGGUCUCCGGAUGUGUACGGGAAGGAGGCUCGAGAGCAGGGCUUCGUUGUUGUGGAGAAAGAUGAACUGGACAUGAUCGACAACUUCUUCAGCGACCCUGCAUCCUGUAGCUGGGAGAUCAUCACCAUCGACGAGGCCAAGCGUCGGCAGAGUUUCGGCAGCUGUGACGGAGACUCGGUGGACGCGCUGCCCAUGCUCAGUGACACCAGCGACCUGCUGCAGGACACACAUGUGGAGAAGCUCGCCUGUCGCCUGCCAGCCCGAGUGCAGGGUUACCCCUGGAGACUGGCCUACAGCACUGUGAAACACGGGACCAGCCUGAAGACUUUGUACAGGAACCUGCAGGACGUGGACAGUCCUGUGCUGCUGGUGGUCAAAGACAUGGAUAACCAGAUAUUUGGGGCGUUCUCGACUCAUCCCUUCAGAGUGAGUGAACACUGUUACGGCACAGGAGAGACAUUCCUCUACAGCUUCUGUCCUGAGAUCAAGGUGUAUCGCUGGACGGGAGAGAACUCUUACUUCGUGAAGGGCAACACAGAUUCUCUGCAGUUGGGCGGAGGAGGGGGUCAGCUGGGUCUGUGGCUGGACGCCGAGCUGUACCGAGGCACCACCACCAAAUGCGCCACCUUCAACAACCAGCCCCUUUCCGCCCAGCAGGACUUCAACAUCCACAGCCUGGAAGUCUGGACCUUCGAGUAGCCGCACCCGCCCGCCCCUGCUACUUCUACAUCUGCUCUCUGCACCAAAUCUUCAAACACCUUCUUCUCCCCCCUCCCAAGUCUAUUACGCAUCACUUGGAGGAGAACACAUAGCUACCCCACAAUGACACUUAAUGUUCUGUGAGAGGAGACGGGAAGCAGCCUUCGCAGUUGUUACUGAAAACAGAACAGGAAGUUCUUCUGUAGCCCGUUUUUGAGGUUGAUCUGCAGGUAGGUUGGCCAGUUUUAAGUCAGGUUCAUCUUCCGUUUUUAAAGGUGGAUUUAGGAGAGUUGCUCUCAGUUCAUUGGCUGCCUUAGACAUCGGACAACACCUCCAGCUUUCCCUGCCUUACCGCCAGACAGAGAAGAAGGAAGGCUGCUGGUUCAACUCCUGAAAGGAGCUGAUUUUAAGUGUUUGUAAGAAGUGUCCCUUUAUACUGUAGGUAAACCUGAGCAGAAAUAAUGAUUGAUGAAAUUUGUAUGUGUGGUAAUGUACAGGAUUUUGAACUGAGGAGGUUUGGAUAGAUCUCUUUUUUUCUUUUUGUCCUGUUUUGUUUUUGUUUUUUUGUUUUUUUGUUUUUUUAAGUCGCAAUGAAUUUCAAAAUCUUGAAGGAAGUGAACAUUCGCCAGGGAGAUUUUCUCAGAUCCUCCAGCGUUAUAUUAACUUUCACUGCGGGAAAUAUUCUGCAAUUGUUUACAACAGAUGUGUUGCACUUCCCCCUGAAGUCCAUCUAGUUCUGUUAUUUUUGGUUUUUAGACCAACUGAGCGAGAGUGUUCCAUUGCAUUUCCAACAUAAACACACACACAUAUUUUCAUUCCCCGUGCAGACCAAAACAAGCAGCAAAACCAGGAAAUGUUCACGAUGACCAAAUGUGUUGUAUUUUAAUUUCGGAUUUGUUGUGAGUUCCUCAUAUUUUAUAAAAUAUUUUAACUUUUUUUUGUUUUCAUUUUUGCAUUUUAUUUUUACAUUGUUUUUUUUAUCAAGAAUGCUGAGUUGUUUUUUAUAUAAUGGUUGUAAUUUUAUACAAGUGUCGUGUUUGAACAUUUCUGUUUCUUAUUAGAUACAGCGAGCACUAUAAAAAGACUGCCGUCAGUAUUGAGUUACUUUUGAUCGCAGACUUGAUUUUUAAAUCUUUUUUUUUUUUAAUAUAUAAUUUGUGGUUGUUGUUCAGAGAGUCACAGACAGUAGAAGUUUAUCAUGAUGUCACUUUGCACUACAGGAUUAAUCGCCAGUCAACGCUGUUCCGUGGCCCUUUGCAAUCAAUCACUCUUCCAGUGUUCACUUGUUAAGGAAUGUUGUUAAUCAGCACUACCAGGGAGGGAGCGGGAGGGGGGGUCGCCUUCUAAUUUACUUCAAAAUGGGUGGAAAAAGGGAUUUUCUGUUUUGUUUUUGCACUCUGUUAUGCCACUAACUAAAAGUUCAGAUCUACUAACCUGGAAAUUAAGCGUUCAUUGAUACCCUGUGUAUCUUGACACACGGGGCUUGUAAGUGCAUGAAUGUGCCGAUACCGCAAAAAAUGUCUGACACCACUGUUAUGAUUCCUGCCAUACUCUCCACUAAUGCCAGUUAAAUCGCUUCAUGUGAAAAUGAGCUUCGUUGUCUUUAGCUGUUCAGUGUUGUAACUGUGAAUGCUCCCUGAAUAAUUAUUUCUUGUGAAUCCAAAACUACUGUUGUCUGUAAUUUCACUAAGGAUCUAUUUAUUGUGUUGUUAUUGCAACCACAUUUAAAUCGAAAUAAAUGUCAAAUAUAUAAGCUACAUAACAUA